GAGUUCUCCAGGGACCAGGGCCUGUGGCAGCAGCUGGCGCACAACGCGACGGGGCUCCGCCAGGGGUACGGGGCCGCCGUGCAGGACUGGAGCGCCGCGCUGGGCGAGGGCAGCUUGGCGUCCCAGGCGGGCGAGCUGCUGCUGCGCAACGCCACCGCCGCCCUGCACCGGAACAUGAGGUGGCUGAAGGACGCGGUCGACACCGUCGACCUGAUGGGGAAGGCGGUGCCCCAGCCGUUCCAGGACGUCAACUGGACGAGGCACGCCGUGAGGCUGGCGUCGGACCUGUCCGCGCUGGGCUACCAGCGCGGCCGCGAGGCCGAGGCCCAGGUGCAGCGGGCGGAGAGCCAGGCGCAGCGCGCCCAGGUGGCCACGCGGACCAACGCAGAGAGGCUGGACAAGCUGGAGGAGAUGGUCGCCGAGGCCGAGGGUCAGGCGCUGGCGCUGGCCCGCUGA